CCAUCUCACAACACAAUACACGCCCACAAUUCCACCACUCCAUCUGAGCAGCUGGCCGCACGCGCAUGGGGAAGCCCAAGUCGUCGACGUCGUCGUGGAGCGCGCUGUUCGGCCUCGGCUGCUUCAGCUCCUCCCACGGCGGCUCCGGCUCCGUCUCUACCUCCAAGAACGCCGCCAAGGUGGUCUCCAGGCCGGCGCCGGCGCCGGCGCCGCUGCCUUUGCCGGAGGACCUGUCGCUGUCGCUGGCGGGGUCCGACGUGCUGGCGUUCACGGUGGAGGAGCUCCGGGCGGCGACGCGGGACUUCUCCAUGAGCAACUUCGUCGGGGAGGGUGGGUUCGGGCCCGUGUACAAGGGCCGCGUCGACGAGCGGGUCAAGCCCGGCGUGCGGCGCGCGCAGGCCGUCGCCGUCAAGCUGCUCGACCUCGAGGGCUCCCAGGGCCACAAGGAGUGGCUGGCCGAAGUCAUUUUCCUUGGGCAAUUGAGGCAUCCACACCUUGUCAAACUGAUCGGCUACUGCUACGAGGAUGAGCACAGGCUGCUUGUGUACGAGUUCAUGGUGAGGGGCAGCUUAGAGAAGCAUCUAUUCAAAAAGUACUCUGCUUCCCUGCCGUGGCCGGUACGAUUGAAGAUCGCCAUUGGUGCUGCCAAAGGUUUGGCCUUUCUCCACGAAGCUGCGAAGCCCGUCAUCUACCGCGACUUCAAGACCUCCAACAUCCUGCUAGACUCGGACUACACAGCAAAGCUGUCCGAUUUUGGGCUAGCCAAGGAUGGACCCGGAGAAGAUGAGACCCAUGUAUCCACCAGAGUCAUGGGCACGGAGGGCUACGCCGCACCUGAGUACAUCAUGACAGGGCAUCUAACGAUAAAGAGCGACAUAUACAGCUUCGGUGUAGUACUAGUGGAGCUAUUGACGGGACGGAAGGCGGUGGACAAUAACAGGCCACCGCGAGAGCAAAACCUGGUGGAAUGGGCGAGGCCGUGCCUACACGACUCUCGCCGGCUCGACCGUGUCAUGGACCGGAGCCUGAACGGGCAGUACUCGACUCGAGCUGCCCAGAAGGCUGCAGCAUUAGCUUAUCAGUGCUUGAGUGUGAGCCCCAAAUCCCGGCCCCAGAUGUCAGCCGUUGUAGAGGCCCUGGAGUCACUGCUUGCUCUAGAUGACGGCGUUGCAGAGCCAUUUGUGUACACUGCACCGUCGGAGAACAAAUGACCGGUGAUGGGUAAGAGCACAUGAUGCUCUGCAAAAUGAGUUUAUAGUGCAGUGAGCUUCAUUGAUUUUGAAGCAACGCACACGAGGUCGACCUGUUAAUAAGACCUAAAAUAAGGUUUUUGCUGUGAAGGAUUGUUUAGUUUGUGCUCAAAUGAAGCGUACAGGACCUAUGCCAAACUAGCCAAUAUCAGGGUGGUCAAUUUACUCUCAAAAUGAACAAGAAUGCCAAAUGUAGUGGUCACCUUACCAAAAUGGUGACAGAAAACCAAACACUUGCCAAGUCCAAAACCUGUAAUCUGUUUCGGAGCUGGACGGGUGAUGGUUCUUUCUCUGUAAAAUCUUCUUUCAGUGCCA